CGCCUUAAAACUACAUUGACGUUUUCACCAGUUUAUCAACAAUCCGAACUGACAAAUUAAACGCUGAGCUUUAUUUUUAUAACUGUGAUUGAGUAUGAGCUGCAUGGCGGAGUCCUUAGCGGAACAAGCAUCAAAUAAGCGGAAACAGACUUUAACCAAGAAGCUUAGAUCCGAAUACAUGAAGAAAUUUAAAGCCCCUAAAUGGGAGACCUACUACAGCUGCUACGAGGAUAUGCUGAGUUACAGGCUAAGCCGUCGUCUUCUGGAACAGACUCACAACCCCUGGAUUUGGGAUGACUGGAAGAAAAGUCCAGAUUCUAGCGGUAGCACUACCCCAAUUAAGCGAAAAUCGGGAGAGCCGCCUGAGACACCGAAAGAAACAAACGACGCACCCCUCACGCUGAAGAUACCAGGGACAACAGAUGUGGAAAGCAAGCCUGAGUUAAAGAACGAAGAUCCCAUGUUGCCAAUUAGUUCACCUAGAAAAGACUCCUCUACCCAAACUCCUCAAGAGCCAAAUGCAAAUAGAACUGUUAAAACUAAGAAUAACAUAGUUUGCAAGCCCUCUAGAAAAAAGACCCAGAAAAAGCAAGUUCCACAGCAAGGCAAAGAAAACAAACACCCCUUUCUGUUGUAUGGCUGGGCAGAAAAAAAGCCAGAGACUGGGAAUAAGAAAACAUAUAAUGUCCGGCCUUCCACUUCAACAACAGAGAUUCAUAAUUCAGCUUUAAGAGCGAAAAUGCGAAGAGAAGUUGAGAAGAAACUGAAAGCACUAGAGAAUCCACAAACUCAUUUAAACCAUCUAGAGAGGAAACAAUGGAGACCUUCCCAAGCAGAAAAUCCAUGGAUCUCUGAGUAUAUGCGAUGCUUUUCUGCAUAAUCUUUUUGAAAAGGCAUUACUCAUAAAAUAAAAAUUGACCAGCAAAUUCUGUUAGAUUAUUGGCUGGGAUGUAACAUGUGGACCAUGUUAAUAACAUUGCUCUGUCCUGGUAUUCGCUGUGAACCACAGGAACACUUACCUCAAGUGUAAUUUAAAUUAUUUACUGGCAAUGAUUUGCAGAUAUUACUUUGCAAAAAGACACAAUAAAUACAGAACUGUUUGUAUAGUGUGUUUUUACAAC